AUGGAGUAUAUAAUAACGGGUUCGAGCAGUCUCAAGACUAUGGAAACUCUUUAUCCUAUAACACAUGGCCGUCAAACAGAAAUUGCAGAGUCGGACCUUAAUAAGAUCUUCACAACCACGGCUGCUUCAUUGUCCCUAAUCGGAACACUUGUGAUCUUCAUUACUUUCAUAAUGUGGCCUGAUUUAAGAACGAACUCACGCAGAAUGAUCGUGUUCAUAUCCAUCGGUGAUUUCUUCGUUGCUCUCUUUAACAUUAUCGGUAUUUAUAACCCGCCUGUCGACAAUUCGAUGUGCAAAAUCCAGCCAGUCGUUACAAAUGUGGCGGUUCUGUCAUCGUUCUUGUGGACUUUGAAUUUGUCGUUUUACUUUUACCUAACUAUCUGCCGAAAAAUCUCCGUCGAAUAUGAAAGGCGAAUUAUGCAGUUACUUCACCUCAUAGGGUGGGGAAUUCCUACCUUGAUCGCGUUUAUCGCCAUCACUGCGGGCGCAUAUGGAUUUUCCAAAAAUGUAGGCACUUCUGGAUGGUGCUGGAUUUCGGGCAAUCAAGAAUGGUGGAGAGUUGUCAUGUGGAUGUUUAUUACAGGAAAAGGCUGGGAGAUAAUAUCAUAUAUUUGCAUCCUUUAUUUUUAUUUGUUGGUCAUACUGCAGAUCAGACGAGAGGUAUGUUCGAGACUGAUACACCUUUUCCGGUUCCACUUUUCUUAACUGAUUUGUAAUUCACAAAGAGAAACAAAAGAAAUUUGUACCCCGUGAAAGGGAGUUUGGAUCAUGGAUACAUUAAAAAUUUGACAAAUGCUUUAGUUUCUCCUCCUUUUGGCGAAAAAAUCCCUUAUCAAACACCGGUUCAUUACUUCGCACGAUUUCAGGCGUGAUUGGCGCGCGCUCGUAAAACAUGGAGGCCUUUGCCCUUUGCCUUGAGGCUAGAGCUUCCCAGAGUGGUAAAUCUUCAUUUUCUCUUAAAACAGUAUGGUGAACUAUCAUUAUCUUUCCCUCCCUCUUUUCUUUUAAAAUGAUCAGUGAUGUUUUUUUCUCUUGAAUAAUAUAGACUAAUUCUCAGUGCAGAAAACUAAACAAUUGUCGGAAGCGUGUUCAAAGCAUGUACUGGUAAACAUAAUCUUAUUGGUAUUUUAAGGAAUUAUUUUGAAAAUACAGGAUGCUUGUUGCCCCUAAAUGAGAAUGGGGACCCCCAUAUUAUUUCAAAAUUUAGGCUUCUAUUACAUAGACAACCAAUCGGCAAUGUUAGACAAAAAUCUCACUGCAGGUUCUAUUUUGGAGGAAUGACCUUAGUUAAGAGUGUGCCAUUAACUCCACAGUGACCUCACAAGACUCAGCUCUCUCUCAACAGAUUGUUAACGUUAUCUUUGAAGGUGUGCUUUGUACAGGUUUUGUGUUCGUGUCUUAGCGGUAACUUGCAUUAAAUGUAGACAUGGAUUCUGUGAAUAGUAGCUGAUUAAGACUGAGGGACUAAAUGGGAAGCCAUUGAUAUGAAAAGAGGUACUAAGGUAUAUAAAAAUAUAUUACCAUAUUAUACAUUUCUCUUAGUACCGUUAUCACUGUUAAGGGGCAGGAGUACUAAACAGGUUUUUGUUAGAAGAAGCUCCACAAACUACCGUUUUUAUUAGAGCUUUUAACUCUUACCUUAAUCUUUAUUCUUUUUUAUUUUUUACCUCGUGACCUUUAGGUGAGACUAGGAUUCAUUCCGGGUGGAGAUUUUCUCACACCAAAGGCUCUCGAAGUAAUAAAAAGAGCAGAACGCAAAUUGACCUUCAUUCCUAUGGUAUUCAUUUUCCUGCGUAUCUGGGGAACCGUACGAUUUUUUCGUUUCUUGUGUUAUCACCCAGAAGACCCGCCAGCAAUAGAGGUUCUUGUUUUCCUUCAUGUAAGUGGAAUUAUUAUAUACACUAUGAAAGUUGAUUUUAUGGCUUGUAUUGGGGAUCGAUGGAACAGGGACAAGAUAGUCUCCCACGCAGCCGUUUUUGUCUCGUCAAGCAAGUGUUUCCGUCUUUUCUCGUCCUCACGGCUCUUGUUGGGUCGAGCGCUGCGUGACAAGUAGCCCGCGAGCAAGCUCUCCUUUUUAAAAGAGCGGGAAAGGGGUGGGGAAGAAAGGAAGGAAACGCUUGCAGACAAACCCCUAGCCUGCGAAUACAGUCGUUUCUCCAGUGCACCUUGCCGCUUGGGACGUUUUGUCAGAAAGAACGUCUGCGCCUCAGCGACAAAAAUGCCAUUAAUUCAAACAAAACAAGAGAAAAGUUUAAAAACAUUAUCUUGACUUUAAUUCUUUGAGGAAAUUUAUGGAGAUCAAUGUACAACAUUGUACAGUUCACCCUUUCAUUCCGAAACCGCUGAGUUAUCGUGGGAGGGUUUAUUUGUCAUUUCAACCUUUGAUUCUUUUAACAAAAUCCUAUGUUCCCAUCCGAAUAAAAUGUCUUUUCUCGGACCUUUUUAUGGUACUAUUAUUCUGUUUCUGACUGAGGAUUCAGUAUGAAAAGAAGUGUAGAAUUUUUUGUGAAUUUUUGCGCUUGAUUCUCAAACGUCAUUACGCAGGGAAACCGUUAGAAAGGUUGAGGAUGGUAGAACUCCAUAAUAUAUAAUUAUUUUAUUCUUAAUCGGUCUCUUUUAUAUUCUUCUUUUCAGGGCAUCGGGGACAGCAGUCAAGGCUUUGCCAAUUUUGUUCUGUUUUGCUUACUCACUGAUCACGUCAGAAAAAAAUUCAGACUUUGUUGGGUGCGGUUUACACCAUGGUAUCACUAUCUGGAGAAGGAUCCACUGUUUGAGAGUACAAACUUUCCACUGAAUGAGACAACGGACUUUAGUUCAAACUCUUAUGGAGCAGGCGAUUUCCUGUCUGUUUAUUCAAUGGAUGAUUGACUGUUUAUUUACAGACUUUCUUAAAGUAAAUAGCAUUCGUUAUCGUAGUUGCUAGCAAGUAUGGUUUGAGACUCUUGUUGUUGACCAGUUACAUGGCAAACCGGUUGUCCACGGUUUAGGUAGAUGGCAUAAGCAAAAUUUAGGACUGGCAUUUGAUAAUUGCGAUUACCACUGAUCUGCACAAAUCAGUUCCAUUUACCGAAAAACAGCCGCGAAAGCGGGAAACUGGUAUCAAAGAUGGCUUUGAAGCUCCGUUUGGAACAUUCCUACCAGGAAACCAAGACUGUCUUUUCAGAUGGUCCGUCGUUCCCAAAAAUUUUCCACUGAAAGGCCCGAAAAGUUCUGUUCUAUUGUUCCUUCCAACCAGGUUUUCUUGGAAACUUUUGCAAAUGGUAAAAAAACUCUAAGUCCAGUUAUGUUAGCGGAUGGCAUUUACUCAUCUGUAGAUAAAAUUUGACAUAGACCAAUUUAUUUUCAUCUUUGUGAUCUUUUUCAUUCGCAAGACUAAAUAGACAAACAGGACUUAAGUUAGUAGAAGAGCCAGACUUGGUUAGUAAUAUCGUAAAAGGUAACCUGAGAAAAGAGACGACAUUUCGGGACGCCACCAGCGGUUUCCCCUCGAAAAGACGUCUGAGAGAACAGUGCAGAAAUUCCGUCAUACUGAUGACGCGUCACUACCCUGAUCUGGAUACUGUUUCUGAUGGUUCGGGCUGCGUGUGAAAUUUGCGUCAAAUCAAAUCUUCAAAGGCUGCAAUGUUAAUUAAACUGGCAGGGCUUUAGCUAUUCAUUAUUAACUAAAUGCUUUCAAGGUUUUUUUAAGGCUUGUUAUUUUUGCACAUUUUCAACAUAUUAUGAUUGGCCUUUAAUUCAUAUUCUUUUACAGUCAUUGUACUCACCAUCUGUUUAAUCAUUGGCUAAGAGCCUACAGUUAAUUUUGGAAAUUAGCGCGACCUACAAAGUUAGCUAUCUGCUAACAUUAACUGACUAAUUUAUAGGUAGCAUGUGCAAUGCAUGAUAAAACAAUAUAUCUUGGUCCCGGAUGAUAACACUUACCUCGAUCUUGAUUAUUCCAGAUAUCAUAAAAACGGCCUCCCCCAUUAAUUAGUAACAACCAUUUAAGAAGCUAUGGCCUAGCACGGGCUGUAAUUGACAGUUAAUUUUUUUAACUCCUGUGCCUAUAAAAGCAAGCACAGAAUUUCUGCUUGUUUGUAUUACAAACUUUUCCUG